AUUCUGUUUAGUUCAGUUUGUCUGUCUCACUUAACAAAACAAAAACAAAAAAACCCAAAACCAAACAGAAGUCGGAACCGUUAAAAAGACUAACCGCCAACCAGACCGGAAGUUGCAGUUUUAUUAGCUUAUGGUGUGGGUGAAUACGAACCCGGCUCAGGGGUUUUACUUAUAUGAUCCGGCCAUGAGUAUGAGCAUGGGACUACCUGGUCUUAAUUAUCUACCGCCGCAGCAGAUUCCUUCUUCUACUCCUCCUGGUGCUCUGAGCACCACCAGUCAUGUCAAUACGACGGCGUAUCAGGAGGACAUGAGUAAGAAGAUAAGGAAGCCGUAUACUAUUACUAAGUCUAGAGAGAACUGGACUGAACAGGAACACGACAAGUUUCUAGAAGCUCUUCAAUUAUUCGAUCGCGAUUGGAAGAAGAUUGAAGCAUUUGUCGGAUCAAAGACGGUUAUUCAGAUACGUAGCCAUGCCCAGAAAUACUUUAUGAAGGUUCAGAAGAAUGGGACAAGUGAACAUGUACCUCCACCUCGGCCGAAGAGGAAAGCAGCUCAUCCAUACCCGCAAAAGGCAUCUAAAAAUGCAGCCCCAUUUGCAACCCAAGUGGCCGGCCAGUUUGUGUCCUCAUCGGCUGCACAUGAUCCGAGAUAUGUAUACCAGCCAGAUGCAUCAUCAGUCCUUGGAAAUCCAUUAACUGGUGGAGAUUUAACAUCAUGGACCUGUAAUGCUGUGGCACAAGUCAAUAUGCCACCAGUAACUGAAGGUAAAGAUGAUGAAGGCUUAGCUGGCCGUGCAGGUCCACGUAAUUACAGUAGUAGCAAUGACAGCAGCCAAAGGACUUGGAAUACUAGUGAAAUAAUCGAUCAAGGGAAUCAAGGCGAGCCAAUAACAGGUAAGCCGGAUUUUGCCCAAGUAUACAGCUUCGUUGGAAGUAUCUUUGACCCCAAUGCCAGUGGACACUUGCAAAGAUUGAAGCAGAUGGACCCAAUAAAUAUGGAAACAGUUAUGCAGUUAAUGACAAACCUCUCCAUUAACUUGACAAGUCCUAUGUUUGAGGAUCAUAAAAGGUUGCUUGCUUCACAGGACAUCGACUCUCAAGAGGCGACAUUUGGUGAUCCAUAGGGUAAUAAUGGUGCUGAUAGAGUUCCAAUGGCUCUUUCAUCCCCAAAAGAAGUGAAAGGUCGAAAAGUUUAAUCUUCCUGUAUUAUCCGCAUCUCUCCUCCCACAAAUACACUGCUCGUGCGGAUGGAGUAGAGGACUUAUACAAUCACGCCCCUGGUGAUAGAGAGAGGCCUUCGUGUAUAUAUAAGAGAGGGCGAAAUUUCGCCUGUUAGUGUUUGUUGUAUAUAUGUUUAUAUGCUCUGCGCUUUGUAUAUGUAUCAUAGUUUUCAGCAACAUGUUGUUUUAGAGAUUUGUGUGUGGGGAUAGGACAGGGUGGAUACUUUUUUUUAUCAGUAUCCACUCUAUUUAGAUGUAUAACCUUGUUAAUAUGAAACAUAAACAAUGUUUUUUUA